AUGGCGGCUCCGACCAUUGCUUUGCCGCCGUCAGACCCUAGUGACGCGCUACCAGAACUGCCACAGGAGUUGCUCUUGACGCUGUUGACGAAACGAGCCGCCAGCGAUGGCCCAGAGAAGGAGCGCGACGCUCUCGACGCCUUCGUGCUGAGCGGGGCUGCGAACGGUGGAGAUGGCAGCGGUGGAGUUCAAGUGGAGGACGUGCUGAACGAGCUGUUGCCAGACGAAGCGAGUCUGGCACACGCGCCAAUGGUUGGACUGCUGCUUCGCAUCAAGAUCCAGGCGAUUCGCGAGGAGGUCGAGGCGCUCACGGCGGUACUCGAGCGGGAUCAGGAUCCGAGGGGAAUGGGCGAGUUGCAGGAGCUCAUUGGCGACUUGCUGGCGCAGGUGACGGCGAUACGAGAUGCCGCGACAGAGAGCGAGGUGGUCGUUCGCGACAUUACGCGGGACAUACAGUUGCUGGAUCUCGCCAAGCGGAACCUCGUGGCUAGCAUGAACGCACUGAAGCGCUUCCAGAUGCUCGUCAAUGCCUUCGACCAACUCACUCGACUCGCCAAGUCUCGACGAUAUCGCGAGACAGCGCAAGCGCUCGGAGCGGUCAAGGAGCUCUCGUCCUUCUUCAAGACGUUCUCGAGCGUCGAGCGGGUCGCGGCAGUCAGUCGAGGAGUCGCGGAGGUGCAGAACGUGCUGAAGGGCCAGGUCAUGCGCGAGUUCGAGGAAGCCUUCGCGAACGAGACUGCGCGAGCAGGCAAGGAUGCGCAGCUCGCCGAUGCUUGCCUCAUUAUCGACGCUCUUGGCGAUGAAGCAAAGAACACGCUGCUCAAGUGGUACUCGCUUCUCCUGCUGCGAGACUACCGGCGGAUCUUCGGCGCCACCUCCGAAGCAGGCCAGCUCGACAACAUCUCGCGACGGUUUGCGUGGUUCCGACGGAUACUGCGGACACACGAAGAGGAGAACAGCGCGAUCUUUCCGGAAAGUUGGGCGGUUGAUGCAGUUCUGGCAGGCGGUUUCAGCGAGGUCACCAAGAACGACUUGAAGAGCGUGCUGGCCAAGUCCUCGCAGACGCUCAACGUCGGCCUCUUGCUCGAAUCAAUCGCUCAGACCGCCGAGUUCGAGCGCGAGACCGCCCGCAAGUUCUCGCUCUCUUUCGAGGACAUUCUCAAGCUUUCGCAGCUCAGCUACGGCGGACCCGACGCAACAGCACCGAUCUCGAGCGUCUUUGAGCCGUACCUCGGUAUCUUCGUCGACGCGCAAGACAAGACACUCGCCGAGAUGUUCCAAAGCUUCACCUCCUCGCGCAUCUCCAUAUCUCCCACCGACAACCCUUCGGCCGUCCUUCCUUCCUCGACCGAACUCUUCUACUUCUACCGCGAGGCGCUCGAGCGGUGCGCCAAGCUCUCGACUCGACAAGCGCUGCUCGAUCUUUGCAAGGUGUACCGGAAAUGGCUGAAGACGUAUGCGGAGGACGUGUUGACGGCGUCGCUCAUCAAGUUCGACCGCAAGUCAACCGAGGGACGACCAAACAUGCAAGAGCUGCAGACGGCGUGUCUCGUCCUCAACACUGCCGAGUACUGCCUCGAGACUGCGACACAGCUCGAAGAGCGACUACACGAGCGCAUCCACCCCGACUUCCGAGAUCGCGUCUCGCUCGAAGCGGAGAAGGAGAUGUUCCAGUCAACGACCUCCGCUGCCCUCCUCGCCAUCCUCCGCGAGCUCGAGUUCACCGUCGAGCCGUGCUUUUCGACAAUGGCGCGCAGUCCCUGGAAGGAGGCGGAGUUUGUUAGCUCGGAGAGUGCGUAUGUGGCGGAGCUUGCGAGGGCACUCGACACGGUUGUCGGAGCGGUGCGGGAAGGCGUCGAGCAGAAGAAGUAUGUCAGGAGUACUUGCGACAAGGUCGUCGGCCUCGUGCUCGCCAAAUUCACGCAGACCAUCGUCAAAUGCCGCCCUAUUUCGCAGACAGGCGCCGAGCAGAUUCUGCUCGACUUGCAAGCGCUCAAGAACUGCCUCAUGCACCUCGUCCUCGCGCCAGGCGAUCCUGCGCCCAUCCCGACUUCCUACUCGCGCUACGUAACCCGCAACGUCCAGAACAUCGAUACCCUGCUCAAAAUCCUCAUGAGCCCCGAAGACCCGCCUGACGAUUUCGUCAAGCACUACCUCCUCCUCAUUCCGUGCCAGUCCUUCUCCGACUUCCAGAAGGUGCUCGACCUCAAGGGCGUCCGCCGAGCGGAGCAGAACCAGCUGCUCGAUAUCUUCCUCGCCAAGACAUCGACUGCCAGCGGGCUGUCGGACUCGUCCUUUCUCACGACGCUCGACAUGGACCCGGCAAGCAAGUCGCUCACAUCGCCCUCCGCCUCGGGUCUCGCUUCGCCUACGACAGCCGGCAGCAACCUCGGUCUCUUCGGCUUUGGCGGCGCGGCGUCCAUACCGAUGCUGCAGAGCGGCGGGGGCAGUCGAGACGGGAGCAGGGUGGGCACGCCCAUCCUCGGCGGGCGCGACGGCGGCGGGAAGGAGGAGCGGGCGUUUGCGAGGUUGGGCGCCCGCCUCGGGACGCGGUUCUUCGGCGGUGCGUCGUCGCAUUCGUAG